AUACUACGGAGAUUAUUUGCGGAGGUCGUAAUUAGUUAAAAAAAAGUGUAUUAUCGUCACUGUCAAAACUUUCACUGUUUGUUUGUUGUUGUCAAGGUAACACAAAAAUGUAAAUAGAACGCGGCAUUACAUUAAUUUUCGUAAUUUUUAGGACAAUAAUAACAGAUUUUUCGUCAAACAUGGGAAGUAUGACACGCUGGUUGGAUGUGGAAGUGGGAACAGAUGAUAUAGACCUUAUAACAUUGCCAUCGAAUAUCGCUCUCGUGGAUUUACAAAAUGAUAACGAGUAUAAACUUCUUGUCGGAGACCUCGGUCGAGGAGAAGAAAGCCCUAAAUUGAAGAUUUUCAAAGGUACCAUGCAGGUAUCAGACUUAGUCCUUCCCGACCUGCCUCUCGGGGUAGUAGGGUUCUACAUCAGUGAGACGGUCCCGCGAUCCAUACCCAUAGUAGCUGUUGCCUACAGCACUUGUGUCUACAUGUACCGGAACUUGAAGCUCUUCUAUAAGUUCUACCUACCUUCUACUGAACUCGGUAUGUGUGAGAUGGAGGUCUGGAAACAGCUGAUAGACCCUCAAAACCACAACCCAGAUUCAAUAAAACCUUUAACAGACAGCCUUAAAAUACUACCACAUAACAACCUAACAAUAAAAUCCCAGAACUUUCUCACACUAACACCAGAACAGCAGGUGGAAUACCUGGAGAACAAUCCGGAGCUACCGAGUCAGAAGAACUCUGAGAUUGUAUGUAUCAGCACUUUGAAGAUGAGCUCCAUUGAUAAGUAUUCUAUAAGCUGUGUAGUAGUGGCUACAGAGGAUGGGGAUGUUAUAUUACUGGACUCACAAACAUUUACUCAGUUAACGCAGGGCAAAAUAUGUGGGGUAAAGAAAACUCCAUAUCAAAUGAUUACCACAGGGCUGUAUAAUGUCGACUACAGAAUAACCAUAGCUACAAGAGAGAAGUCAGUAUGUGUUUUGAAGCGAGGCUGGAGCGAGGGUCGCAUCCUAUUCAACACUGAUGACCAUAUCAUAGCCAUUGAAGUGGUGACAGCGGACAACAGCGUCAUGGUGAUAAGUGCUGACAACACCAUUGCCUGUUACAGCAAAAAGGGCAAGAAACAAUGGUGUUUAACCCUGGAACACCGGCCGGUCGCCAUGACCCUGGUCCCGGUCCUCCACCUGGGCGUGACGCUGGCGGCCGUGGCGCUCGCCUCGGGACACGUGCAGUUGUACGACGGGAAGGCGAAGAGGGACACCGUGUUUGUUAGAGAUGUGGUGUCUGUUAUGAAGUUCGGCCAGUUGGGGCAAGAGGAACACGUGCUCAUCAUAAUAACUGGAAGUGGUAACCUCAUGUUGAAGAUAUUGAAGCGCACAGCAGACUUCAGCGCGCAUGCGGCGGGCGUGGACCUGUCGCCCAGCGUGACCCCGGGGCAGCGGCCCUGGCUCAUACCCAAGAAGUCCAAACUCUUUCUAGAACAGUCCAUGAGGGAGAGGGAGAAUGCUGUCCUGAUGCACGAGACAUUUCAGCACGAGUUGAACAGACUUCGCCUGUUGGCCGCCAAGACCUUACUGGAGGCUCACGUCAAGUCUGAUAACUCUGUCGGCGCCGGGCCUAUGGAGUCUAUGAGACUUACCGCUGAGGUGGAAGGUCUCGGCCCGGUGUUCCGCGUGACGCUCAUCAUAGAGAACACAUCCAAGGAGAAGGCGGUGCUCGGGCUCUCCAUACUAUUCCACGUCCACACCGUCAACUACAAAGUCUCCAAUCCUUACAUCAAGGUACCACUCCUCUCACCGGGUGGUAAACUAAAAUUCCCGACGAAAAUCGAAGAAGUAUUCGAUGAUAACAUCAGCCCUGACGUGUUGUUUCGUCCAGUGACGGGGCAAGGCGGGGAGCGAGCGCUAGUCAAAGUGUUGCUACUGAAGGAGGGCAGGCAGACCCCAGUGUUGGCUGCCACCGUACAAAUGCCCCCCACAGACCCCAUGAUGCUGCCGUUUGAGAAGAUGCAGGCUAUAGCUGGAGUUGAAACUAGGGAUGAUGGAUGGCCACCUAAAACUUAGAUUUGGGAAUUUAUCUUUAGGAUUUUGGAUUAGAUUUUCAGUCAGAACACAGUACACCAGUAUUUGAAACACUGAAGAAUUAAAUAAGUUAACCGUAUGUAACUUGUGUCUCCGGUGUUCGAUUAUUGUCAUUAAGCGGUCUUAAAGCGUUACAAAGUCAUACAUUACCAUAUGUUAUUGCAGAUAAUGUGCAAUAAGCUUUUUAUUUCUAAUUUAAGUGAAUCUCUAAAACCUGAUUAUUUUAAAUGGUUCGUCUGUUUGUAGCACGAAUUUUGUGAUAGGUAUGUUAUUAUUUAAUUGUAAGUUAAUAAUAGUUUCGAUUCGAUAUUGUUUUAA